AUUAAUUGCGAAUGCUAAAAGUUGAAAAAUAUUUUUUUAUAUCACAUAAAAAAUGCUUUUAAAAUCAAUUUCCAGAGUAAUUAAAAGAAAUUUAAGUUCAGUGCGAAUUGUUGAAGUUGGACCUCGUGAUGGUUUACAAAAUGAACCUAAAGUAUUGCCGGCUUCUAUUAAAAUAGAACUCAUAAAUCGAUUGUCCAAGACGGGAUUAAAAAGUAUUGAAGCAACAAGUUUUGUAUCAGCUAAAUGGGUUCCACAAAUGGGCGACAAUACAGAAGUCUUGAGGGGAAUAGAAAAAGUUGAAGGAGUUUCCUAUCCUGUUCUAACACCAAAUCUAAAAGGUUUUGAAGCGGCUUUAGAAGCUGGAGCUAAGGAAGUUGCUGUCUUUGGAGCAGCAUCAGAGUCAUUCACGAAAAAAAAUGUUAACUGUUCAAUAAAGGAAAGCAUUGAAAGGUUCGAAUCCGUUUUAAAAGCAGCUCAAAACAACAAAGUUAAAGUUCGUGGCUAUGUGUCCACCGUCAUCGGUUGUCCUUAUGAAGGAAAAAUUAAACCAUCAGCAGUAGCAAUGGUCAGCGAAAAGCUCUUGGCUUUAGGGUGCUAUGAAAUUUCAUUGGGCGAUACAAUUGGUGUGGGCACUCCUGGAACGUUUAAAGAAAUGCUAAAUGAAGUUCUGAAAGUUGAUUCAGUUGAUAAGUUUGCUGUUCAUUGCCAUGACACUUAUGGACAAGCCUUGCCAAAUAUUCUAACGUCAUUAGAAUUUGGAAUUUCUGUUGUUGACGCGUCUGUGUCAGGUUUAGGCGGUUGUCCUUAUGCAAGAGGAGCAUCUGGUAAUGCUGCAACUGAAGAUGUCAUUUACAUGCUUAAUGGUUGUGGAGUCGAAACAGGAAUUAAUUUAGAUUUGCUUAUUGAUGCCGGAAAAUAUAUUUGCGAGGAACUUGGACGACCUUCAGAAUCGAAAGUUAAUCGAGCAACAAGAAAAAUUCAACCAAAGUUAUAAAAGUUUUUAAUUAUUUUUAAUGAAACUGAUGCAUUUAAAUAUUUACACAUAAGAUAUCUACUGAUAGAUGUACAAACAUUAAGCUUUUAAAUAAAAGAAAUCGACAUGAAUGAAACAUCAAUCAACA